GCGAGUGCUUGGAAUCCGUUCACACCAGCCAAGAGCGAGCGGGUUCAAGGCAUGCGGUUAGAUGGCGCAUUGAUUCCCUCUGUGUGAGUGCUCAUCGCACCGCACGAUCGUUGGGUUGUCUCAGUUUGCGCAUGAGUGUAUCCGCGGGAACCUCCGGAGGGCAUCACAUUUUUGCUGAGUGGACUGGCGAUGGAAGGGAGGCACCUUCGUGGAAGUGAGAGGAGUGAAAGGAGUUCGUCGCUUGUGCAACUUGAACGACCAAUAAGAAAGAAGCCGAAGUGAUGACCAACGUCUUUGCCCCCCGCCGUAUGUUUUGCGCUUUUGUCUGAAUGCUCCAAUGCCAAGCAUCGAGAUGAUCCCGCGCAUUGCAGGGCAAGCUUGACUUCAACUGCAGGUGAGAUCACAACCCGACAAAGUCCAUAUCACGGACAAGGCUGCUCUGUCUGCGGCAUUUGCACACCUUACCCUUAGCUGUCUGAAGCGUACGGGUGGAAAUCAGGGGGAGAAACCCUUGUCUUGCGCCCAGAUGGCGGGCAAACCUCUCACAGACGUUGUCCACGUCGCAAAGAAAUAUACUCAGCAAAGUUAUGGGAUCUGGGAGACCAUUCGCAGACUGUUCGCAGUUGACCCUUCCCGAAGCAAUGGUAUCCCCGUCAAGCACUUCCGAAACCCACCUCCUGGAGGCCUCGACCCUCAAUUAUACGAUCCAUCAGACGCGGUGACCACGCCGGCCGCAGACAUUGCAGACAACCCAUACUGGAAGAGAGACGUGCGAAGAGCAUACCCAAAGUCGAGCGUGAUCACCCAGGGCGAUGUUGUGGGGCUGUUGACGGUGGGAAGCGCCGCAAACCCAAGUCCAAAGCUUUUGGCCGGAGAGGAAGGCUCUAAACAACUCGUGGCUGUCAAGCACGAAGGCGAGAAAGGACUGGCGGCGUAUUUUGAACGGGAGAAGACUCCAACGGUCGUGCUUGGUGAGGAUGGUUUGCCGCCAAAGCCAGCAACUUUCGGGUGGACGCAGGGCAAGAAAUACGAGCUGGGGCCCGUAAGUUAUACAGACAACUAUCCCUGCCGGAGCUUUACCUAGAGUCUAUGAACAGAGGGGCGUUGGACAUUUGUAGAUUCAGAGCAGCACGAUUGACAACGAGAGCAAAUAUCUGUCAAAUCAGCUCGCCGCCUUUCUUCGUUUCGUCUCCUCGGCUGCCUGUUGUUGUUCGAGAAGCUCCCGCUGCCGCGCUGCUUCUUCCCCAACAGCUUUUUCGCCCUUUCGUCUCUGUCGUUCUUCAAACGCCUGUCGCCCUUUCAUGAUCCUCAUUACGAUCUCUCCAGCAUUGACGUGUGAAUAGGGAUGAUUUGGGAUUUCACGAAGGAUGCCCAGCUCCCUUACGUCCUUGUAUGGAUCAAAAGGCGAGCCCAUGAAGUCAGUUGGGCCGUGAUAUACAGCGGAAAUCCUUCCCAGUGGCAUUGCGUCCAGGUAAGCCUUGGAUGGCGAGUAGGGGGCUCCGAACACAACCGCGUGAACAUAUCGGCAUUGCAAAACACACAAGCCUCGUUCAAAAAUGUUCAUGAUAGGAUAAUUCAAUCCUUUCCAGUGAUUGAUCACUUCGUCAUUAUGAACGCCUGCCACGACAUAUGCUUCGCCUUUUUCGGCCUGGUUGACCCGCUUAAGAAACUCAAUAUGUCCCGAAGAGAAAAGAUCGAAGCCACCGUCCACAUAGACUAUGCGUUGUCCUGGCUUCGGACCGUUGCCUGCAACGAGCUGGUGAUAUGAACCGGCUUCAGUGGCUUGAUCUGCAGGAUUUGCCGUUUCCUUGCCUGUCCAGGUCCAGACUUCGGAACCUGGAUUCCGCGCUGUCUCGUCCAUGGCGAACUCCUUGAUCCUUUGUAGCAUUUCCGCGCGUGCAGCCACUUUCUCAGGGGUUUCGGUAGUGUCUGUCUUGCCUUGAAGCUCCUCGACCAGAGAUCUGAUGAAGUGCGUCUUGGUACACAGCAGCAUUCGGCCGACCAGAUCGGUGGUAGAUAUGCCAGGGGUCCUCUUGACAACGAGAAAUCGCCCAGCAGCCUUCACAAACCGGUAGCAAUCUUCGCCAUCAGCAUCAGAAGUGAUGUCGUCGCCGUGGACCACAUAAUAACAUCCGUAAUGGGAAAUCCACGGCAAGGCUGUCACGUAAGGGGCAUGAGGGAUGGAUUUGGUAGUCCACCGACAAGCAUCCACGGCAGCAACUCUUGUAAGAUCAGUCAAGGAGCUUCGUAGACGACCCUUCCACCAACUCACCGCUCAUCCAGAGUCAUGACUGUAGGGCCCUUGUUCCGUAGAAUUUCCUCGUCUGAGUGCAAGCCAACAUAGAGCUCGUUCCCAAGUUGACGGGCUUGCCGUAAAGCGCCAG